UCCUACUCCCACACCCACCAAGAAGACCUGGAGAAAGGCUGUGCCUCUGCGAAUAUAUAAACCGGGAGGACGACCCAAAUUCACCUCCUUUACUCAGCCACACGCUUCUAUUCCUCUUCUUCCAUCAAUAGUCAUGAACUGCCACCCCCCAUCCUCACUUUACCGGACCAUUAGGCUUGACGUCUAUGAAGGUGGUCAGCUCAUUUUCACCAACAAAGGCAAGGGCCACCAAGUUCUCUACAUCACAUAUUCGGGGGAAAUUGAAACGACUAUUCCUGGAGUCUCCUUCGACAAGGAAUUAUUGGAGGGUCUGUUUACGUUAUCCCGAAAGGAAGGGUUUACGACCAAAAAUGAGAAGAUUCAGAAGUUUGAGAGAGAAACACAGAUGGGUCGAUUGUAAGCUCAGCCAUCAUACGUAUAGAUGUCUCUAAUCGUUGUAAGUGAAGUGGCUUUCACAUCGCCUUGGCUGAAGUUCGCCGAAGUGACGUCCCGCGCCUCCAUCAGCGAAAGUCACUACCACGCUGUCGCCAAUUUCCGGGACCCCCUGAUCUAUGUGGAAGCCUACCUUUUCCCAUCAAACUGUCGCCUUGGACGAGCCAAUUGCGUUGACACGCACACUGGACUAUACUCCAUCAACAUUUUCGGCCAUGACUUGACUAACUCGUCAGUUGUAUUCUAUGCUGGCGAUAAUGGCACUGUCAUCAGCCCGGUAUUGAACACCACUUUCGUUUCCGCUCCAGCUCCCGAACAGAGCACGGUAUCUAACACCACUUCCGACUCCAUUCCAGCUCCCGAACAGAGCACGGUAUCUGACACCACUUCCGACUCCGGUCUAGCCCCCGAGCAGAGCGCGGUAUCUGACACUACUCCCGGCUCCGGUCUAGCUCCCGAGCAGAGCACGGUAUCUGAUACCACUUCUGACUCCGGUCUAGCUCCCGAGCAGAGCGCGGUAUCUGACACCACUCCCGACUCCAUUCCAGCUCCUGAGUCUGCUCCUUCACCUGCUCCUAGGUUCAAAUGCGAGCUCGGCUGUUCUCGCGAUUAUAAGUCGAAGAGAAAUCGUACCGUUGUACGUUCUUGUGUUUUGAAAUUAAUCAGACGGUGGCUGAUUAAAUUUUGAAUAGCACUACCGCGAUUAUCAUGGAUGUCGACCGCAGUCCAAUGCCGUAGCGUGAGUGUUUCUCAUUCCCUAAGCUCACUCAUAUGCUAAAAUAUUGUAUCAAAAGCGCAUUGUCAAUCAGCGAACGAGCCAACUCACAACGUUCGUGGAUUUCCAAAGUGUCGGCAGGCUAUAGGUGCCUACAUAGCACUUGCAUUUCGACUACGAAGAUCUUUGGGGGCAACCGCCAGAUUGAAGUCCAC